UCGUGCUGCAUAUCUACAUGGAGGCGGUGUACUCCGCCACCAUCAUGGUGACCACGGCUAUGAGGCAUAUUCUCUGACUGAGAAGAAGGGCUCAAUCUUCCAUGAUCUUCCACCGCAUGUCUAUCAGGAUAUAGUGGCCAGACAGCGAAGCAAGUACAUCCUGUGUGUUCCUUUCAUGAAGUUCCUAAAACAGGAGGAUCUAAAGAAUUUGUCAUCGAAUGCGAAGCUGUUCUACGCUUGCCCGAAUGAAAUAUUGUUGAACACGGGAGAUAUCUCUAACGAGCUAUAUGUCAUCAAGCAGGGAAUGUGCGAAGUUCUGAGUCCAGUUACCAGAUCUGUGGUCGCUCAAAUCACUGCGAAGCAUCAUUUCGGUGUUGUUUCCUGUUUGUUGAGAGUGCCAGCGUUCUACACAAUACGUGCUGUGACACACAUUCAAGUGUUUUCAAUUUCAAGAAAGUAUUUACUGAAUCUCAUCGAGACGCCACAACUAAAAGACGCGUUAGAUUUCUCAAAAGAACAGCCUGAAUUCACCAGCUUGCAACUUCCGCUCCCACCUUUCAUCUGGUACACACCACCAGCUCCGACCCCGUGCGUGCAGAGAUUCCCUCUCCCGCGGAAACACAUAAAAGAUCAUGAUUUUCUACACCCUUUUACAAAACUUGGAGUUUUCUCAAUUUUAAGGUACAUCUUCCCCCGGUUCACAAUCCGCCCGGACGGUCCUUACCUUGCUCGCUACGAGUGGUUCCGCGCGGUGUGCGCUCUCUUGUCUGCUCUGCUCUUUCCUACUUACAGCUAUCUUGGAUGUCACUGGACUUCCCUCACCUAUUUAUUACAGCUUUUAGAUUUCACGGCGUAUUUUGACAUACUGCAACGCAUCCUGGUGGGCUACUAUAACGAGAAGGGUCUGCUAGUAUACCACCCUGCCAGCACUGCUGCGCAUUACUUAAAAGGCGCAUUUGUCGUAGACUUAAUUGCGUGUGCUCCAUUGGAGUACGUGGUACACCAAGUGAAGGAAUCUUCCGAAGGCGAGUAUACAAUUCCCCUGUCGAUGACGUACCUGAGCACAAACAGACUGCUGCAGCUCUACCGAAUCCCCAGCGCUAUGGUCAGCCUUACUGGAUAUGUGCGCAACGAUGUACUGCUCGUGCUACGCGCGAUUCCACCGUUCCUAGCUCUCCUGAGUGUUAUGACGAGCUUGAUGGUAAUAAACUCUGUAAAGCUGGUGUACCGGACGCAACCAGAGCUCAAAUAUAAUCUCUUACCGUACGACGAUGACGGUGGAUCUUGGACGGAACUCUUUCAAGAUGUGUUCCGAUUCAACAUCAUAGAGAAUUCGUGGAACUUGCACUUAGCCACUUAUUUCUGGGUGGUUUACCAGACAACUUCCACGGGAUACAACAUAUUCAAACCCUCAAAUUUUGUUCAGAUGAGAAUUUUAACGUUGGGCAUGAUUAUUGGUACAAUGAUUGUCACGUACUACUCUGUGCGCGUGAUAAGCACGCGAGCAAAUGUGAACAAGGCGCUAGCUUCAUUCCAACAGCACAUGAAAGACAUUGAGAGGUUCAUGAAAAGGGAAAAUUUAAACGCAGCGACAAAAAAGCAAAUACUAGAUUACUACAAGUUCAACUGGGAAAAAAUGUCAGGCUUGGAUUAUAGAAAGCACAUCGUUGUCUAA